UCUUCCGGAACCCCGCAGCGCCAUGCUGUGUGUAGACAGGAAGUGGAAGGCUGACAGGUCUCUUGGACCAACGGUGGCUUCUGCUGUUCAUUUCAAAAUCUGUCUGUGAAUAAAAACUACCUGUCCUUCGACAUGUCGGCCAGGAACCCCGGGACAAAGCUCGACCUGGAGUGGAUAUCCAAAGUGAGAGUGAACACACAUGCCGUCCUGAAGAGAGCUCAGCACAUACAAGGACAGAAGAUCCCCAAGAAACAGUGGCAGGCCGCCUGGCUGCUGAAGGCCGCCACAUGUAUCGACCUGACGACUCUGGCUGGAGACGACACGCCUUCCAACGUCCACCGGCUGUGCCUGAAAGCCAUCCAGCCGGUCCGACAUGACCUGCUCCAGACGAUGGACAUGCAUAACAAAGGAGUUACCACAGCAGCAGUGUGUGUGUAUCCGUCUCGUGUGGCCGAUGCCGUCAAAUCACUGAAAGCAGCCAACUCCAGCCUUCCCGUCGCCUCAGUGGCCACUGGUUUCCCAGCAGGCCAGACACCACUGGAGACCCGCCUGCAGGAAGUCCGCUUGGCGGUGGCUGACGGUGCCUCAGAGAUCGACAUCGUCAUCAACAGGACGCUCGCCCUCACCGGAAAGUGGGAAGCCAUGUAUGAUGAGAUCCGUCAGUUCCGGGAGGCCUGUGGUGACGCUCACAUGAAGACCAUCCUGGCCAUCGGGGAGCUGGGCACCUUCACCAACGUCUACAAGGCCAGCCUGGUCGCCAUGAUGGCUGGCUCGGACUUCAUCAAGACGUCCACAGGAAAGGAGUCUGUCAACGCCACUUACCCUGUUGCCAUAGUGAUGGUGAGGGCCAUCCGGGACUACUUCUUGUGUACAGGCCACAAGGUGGGCUUUAAGCCAGCGGGGGGGAUCCGGACGGCUCAGGAGUCUCUGGUGUGGCUCGCUCUGAUCAAAGAGGAGCUGGGCAACGACUGGCUCAGCCCGCUCCUGUUCCGCCUGGGAGCCAGCAGCCUGUUGGCUGACAUCGAGAGGCAGAUCUACCAUCACGUGACCGGACAGUACGCUGACUAUCACGAGCUGCCUAUGGCCUGAAGCUGUGGACUUCCUGUUCUAACGACCAAUCAGAACCUCAGACUCACCACACAAGCCUGUCAGUGUGAGCUACACUUAUGAUUAGUGCUUUGACUGAAGACUGGGACCAAUGUCUGUGAGACAGAGAAAACUGCUGUUAUUGCUCUGUAUAAUGUGCUAAUGUACUAACAAAGAGACAAACAGGUGGUUAAACUUUGUCACAGUAUUUGGUUACACACAUAAUAAACUUUAUGUUUGGCCGUCGUUGUGAAGGAUGUGCUGAGUUAAUUUGUUUCAUGGGAAGCAGGAAAAGAGAUUUAGAGUUAAGGAAAAUAAUAUUUCUCAAUCUUUCCUUCAGAUCCUGAAAGUCUUAAUUGGAACUCUGCUGAUCUUUUACAAAAUAAAGUGUAUAUCUGGAAAUAAUCCUGUACUCAUCACUUUUAUUAUAAAAACGUUAAUUUUGAUGUGCAUGUGAAUAAGGUUAUACUAAUGAUGUUAGCCUUGAAAUUUUAAAAUGAAAUAUUGACAUUUAUAAUACACAUGAUAAUAUCCAUAGCGCCUCUUAGAUCAUUUUAGUCUAGUCAUGGUUAAAUACUCUCCAAAUGGGCUUUUUGACAAUUGUUAAUUACCGCUACUUAAAAAUAUGAAUUUAGAGGCUGUUUAUAUAAAUUGA